AUGAUACUGAGCUUUGACGGCGUCGCAAUGUCGUCGAGCAAAGUCCAAGAAGACACAUGUGCGUGGUCAAAGGUGGAUGACGCGGGAAGCAAGACUGAGGGGUACUGCGUGCAGUCGGCGCCGCCCCACAACGGCCAGAUAUAUGGAAAACUGACGAGGGGUCGCGGCGAGUGGACGGCCGAGAUUGUGACCAAGACGUACACGACGUCCCCGAAGCGAUCCUCCAGGCUCUCUUGA